AUGUCAUCACAAGAUCAAACACUACAGCAGUUGGAUCAUGCUUUGACAACUAUGUACUCAAAUGCUCCUAGAGAAGAGAAAGCAAGUGCUACUAACUAUUUGGAAACAUUUCAAAAAUCAAAUGAAGCAUGGAAUAUAACUCAUCAAAUACUUCAAAAUAAAAAUGAAGAUAAUAACUCACAUCAACAACAAUUACAAAUUUUCGCAGCACAAACAUUAAGAUCAAAAGUCAUCUAUGAUUUGUUAUCACAGAUCCAACCUGAAAAUUAUUCAGAUUUGAAAAAUUCCAUUUUACAAUUAAUUAAAUUAUACAAUUCACCACAAGAUAAAUUAAUACGUACUCAAUUAUCUAUAGCAUUAUCACAAUUAGCAUUACAAUAUUUAUCUUGGAACGAUGCAAUCAAUGAAAUUUUAUCAAAUUUAUCAACUAAUGAAUCCAUACUAAUACUUUUAGAAUUUUUAAAGAUUCUACCGGAAGAAAUUUCAGAUGUGAAAAAGAGUCAUUUAACUGAUGAAGAAUAUAAUGAAAGAUCAAGACAGUUAAUAUCAGAUCAAGUUGAAACAGUAAUUGGAGUAUUGAAAAAUUUGGCAGAAGGGAACACAAAAAAUGAUCAACAAUUAAAUUCAGCGAUAUUAGAUGCAUUAAAUAGUUGGAUCACUGAAUGUCCAGUUGAUCAAAUAUUGACAGUUCACUCAUUAACAUCACUAAUAUUUCAAAGUUUAUCAAAUGAUGCUACAUUUGAUAAAGCUAUUGAGUGUCUUGUAACUAUUAUUCGUGAAACAAGAGACAUUGAUAAUUAUGAAAUAAUAGAUGCAUUAUAUCAACAAAUAUUACAACUAAAUUCAUUUAUGCAAUCAAAUACUGAAAAUUUAGAGGAUCCUGAAAAAGUAGAUGGAUUAACUAGAUUAUAUGUUGAAUGUGGUGAAUCAUGGCAUGCAUUAAUUGCGAAAAAUCCAAAGCAUUUUAAACCAUUAGUUGAAAUUCUUUUAAAUUGUUGUAAAUAUGAUGAAGAUUUGGAUGUGGUUAAAUAUACUUUUCAAUUUUGGUAUUUGUUGAAACAAUUAAUUGUAUUACCUAAAUUUGAAGAAGCUAGAUAUAUACUUGGGGAAGUAUAUCUUCAAUUAAUUUCAGUCAUAAUAAAACAUUUAACUUAUCCUAUAGCUGCAAAUGAUAACGAUUUGUUUAAUGGAGAUAAAGAACAGGAAGAUAAAUUUAAAGAUUUUAGAUAUGAAAUGGGAGAUGUAUUAAAAGAUUGUUGUGCAGUAGUUGGUGCAACAAAGGCAUUACAAGUACCAUUUGAACAAAUUCAAUCCAUUAUAUCUAAUUCUUCUGGUCAUUGGCAAUAUUUGGAAGCUCCAUUAUUUUCAAUGAGAACAAUGGCAAAAGAAGUAUCAACUAAAGAAAAAACUAUACUACCCACUAUUAUGUCAUUUUUGGUGAAAUUACCAGAACAUCCAAAAGUUCGAUAUGCAGCAACUUUAGUUUUGGGAAGGUAUACAGAAUGGACAUCUAAACAUCCAGAAUUUUUAGAACCACAAUUAAAUUAUAUCACAAAGGGGUUUGAGGUAGCAAAUAAUAAUAAUGAUAUAAUGAUGGCAACUUCACAUGCAUUGAUGUAUUUUUGUCAAGAUUGUUCAUCAUUAUUAGUGAAUUACCUUGAACAAUUAUAUGUUCUUUAUGGUCAAGUAAGAAAUCAAAUUGAUUUGGAAUCAAAUUAUGAAUUAAUUGAUGGGUUAGCUCAUGUUGUUUCAAAAGUUCCUGAAGAAAAUUUAUAUAAAACUUCAGAAAUGUUUUUGGAACCAACUCUUGAAAGUAUCAAUAAAUUUAAUCAAGAAGAUAAUAAUUCAGAAGAAUUAAACUUAAAAAUAUCAGAUCAAAUUGAAGUCAUAACUGUUUUCAUAGAUGUUUUAAAAAUAAAUGAAUUUGAAAAACCAACUUAUCCAGUUGCCACAUUAUUUAUUGAAAAAAUAUGGCCAUUAAUUACAUCAGUAUUAAAUAAAAGAGCAUCAUCUAUAAAAAUUAGUGAAAAAUGUAUGAAAUUAAUGAAAAGUGCAAUGUUAUCAUUUAGUUCAUAUCUUAAUUCAAUUUUACCACAAUUUGCUGAAAUUUUACAUCAUGGUUAUCAACAAACUCAAUUUGGAUGUUAUUUAUGGGUUUCAGGAGUUGUUAUUAGAGUUUAUGGAGAUGAAGAAAUCAAUUCAAAAGAAAUUACAAAUGCUGUAUUAGAAUUUUCAAUAUUGCAAUGUCAAACUUUUUUCCAACAACUUAAAACUUUAGAUUCAAAUAAUAAUGUCAAGCAAAUUCCAGAUGUUAUAGAAGAUUUUUAUAGGAUGAUGAAUGAUUUAUUAAUGUUUUAUCCAUUUGAAAUAAUUCCAAAUUUGGAUUUACUUCAUUCAGUAUUUGAAGCAACUAUAAUUACAUUAACAAAAUUAGAUGAAUAUAACCCAAUAAUUUCAUGUAUUCAUUUCAAUAUUGAUUUAAUUUCAUGGGGUUUACCACAUCCUCCAAUUUCUUUAUUUGAAGAUAAAGAUACAGAACCUUUAAAAAAUUUAAUAAAAGAAUUUCUAGUUCAAAAAGAUCAUGGUUAUGAAUUAUUAAAAUCAAUAAUAAAUGGACUUAUUUUCAAAUUUCAUAUAGAUAUUCAACAAGAUGCAAAUGAUUUAAUUUUAAAAAUUCUUAUAGUUUCACCAAAUUAUGAAUUAUCAAUUAAAUGGUUAAAUGAAAUAGUUAUAAAUUUACCAAAUAUUCAUAGUGGUGAAACUGAUAGAUUAAUUCAAACUAUUGGUAUUGCUUUACAAAAUAAAGAUAAUCGUAGAAUAAGAAGUGCUUUAAAAGAUUUUAUUGGAUGGUAUUCUAGAAAAAAUGUUACUAGGACUAUAUAG